CUUGUGAUACAACCGCGCCCAUGCGCAUGCGCAGGAUCACGAUCACCAUAGAAACAACAGCCGACAAUGGGCGAAGCUGUUGAUGUGCAGAGCUUGGAGCUCGUGUCCGUGAUAGGAUUUGGAGGAAAUAUUCCUGGGGGACUAGUCUCCCAUCCAGAUGGGCAGCACAUCAUAUACCCUCUUGGCUGUACUGUGAUUGUAGAAGACAUCCAGAAAAACAAACAGAGUUUCCUGUCAGGUCACUCUGAUAGCGUGUCAUGUCUUGCUUGCUCCACAUCUGGGAAUUUCUUGGCCUCUGGUCAAGUAACACACAUGGGUUUCAAGGCUGAUGUUAUAGUGUGGCAGUUCAAGGAGCGAGCACUUUAUUGUCGACUGACCCUCCAUAUGGUUAAAGUACAGGCAGUGUCCUUUUCACCCAAUGACAAGUAUAUGGCAUCACUAGGAGGUCAAGAUGACAACAGGUGAAGUUUCCACGGACGGUAUAAUGUGUAUUGUUGUUGCUAUUGUCAUUUCUCUCCCUUCUCCUCUUCUCCCUUCUUUCUGUUGGGUCGAACCCAAUGCUAGUGUGGUGAUUUGGGACCUGGAGAAGAAGGAGGCAGUCUGUGGAAGUCAAGCUGCCAUGCAGAGUGCUGGACCUGUCUAUGCACUUGCCUUCUGCAACACUCGAGAUGACCUGUUUGUGACUGGAGGAAACCACACUCUGCGUGUGUGGGAGCUGAGUCCAGAGACUCGUAAAAUUGUGGCUACUGACUGUAACCUUGGCCAGCUGAAGAGGAUAGUGCACUGCAUCCAGAUAGCCCCUGGUGACGACUAUAUGUUCUGUGGAACUUCAAGCGGAGAUGUUCUGCAAGUCAACCUCAGUACACGGCUCAUCCAGUUCUAUGGACCACAGAAGAACAAGCUUAGCUGUGGCAUCCAAUCCCUCCAACUGUUGCCAAAUGGAGGCAUGCUGGUCGGGUCAGGUGAGGGUACCCUCACAACUCUUCUGCCAAGCCUUAAAAGAACAAGAACCAUGUCCAGGGUCUCUGGUACUGUGUCCUCCAUUGCUCUCAGCAAGGACAGCAAACAGUUCUAUGUGGGAACCGGCAACUCCCAGAGAUAUGUGGUAGAACUUGAGAGCUUUUCUCCACAGCUCAUCUCCUCUUCCCACUGCAGUAAAGUCACUGACGUCUGUUUCCCUCAGAAGUCAAGUGACCUGUUUGCCACCAGUAGCUAUAGCGAUGUUCGAGUGUGGCAUGCUGACACAGGCAAAGAGCUCCUGAGACUUUCUACUCCCAACGUCACUUGUCAUGCUGUUGCUUUCACACCUAAUGGGAAAGCCAUUAUAACUGCGUGGGAUGAUGGCAAGAUCAGGGCUUUCUACCCCCAGUCAGGAAAGCCAAUGUACACCAUCAGUGAUGCCCACAACAAGGGAGUGACAGCUCUGGCGUGUAUGUCAGACAGCCGUACAGUGAUAAGUGGCGGAGGAGAAGGGCAGGUGAGGGUGUGGGAGGUGAACAAGUCAGGACAGCACAUGACGGCUGCUCUCAAGGAGCACACUGGAACUGUUACAUGUAUCAAGUUGAGGAACAAUGACGAAGAGUGCGUGACAGCCAGCACUGAUGGUACCUGUAUCAUCUGGGAUCUAAUAAAGCUGGUUCGUAGCCAAGUGAUAUUUGCCAACACAAUGUUCCACGCUGUGUGCUACCGGCCUGAUGAGUGCCAGAUUGUGACUGCAGGCACUGACAGGAAGAUAGGCUACUGGGAGACACACGAUGGGAGUCAGAUCAGAGAACUGGACGGCAGUGAAUCAGCCUCCAUCAAUGGCAUGGAUGUUCAUGGCACCAGGUUUCUUACUGGAGGUGGAGACAAGUUGAUAAAGGUGUGGGACUACGACCGUGGUGAGGUGACCCACAUUGGUAUAGGUCACAGUGCAGAGGUCACCAAAGUCAAGGUAGCUCCUAAUGGCUGCCAUGCAGUGAGUGUGAGUGUGGACGGGGCAAUUCUGAGGUGGAAGAUGUUGCCAACUGCACUGCUUGGCCCUCCUUCCUCAACCUAAUCCGUAACUCUGCCACUAUCACACCUUGACUUGAAACAUUCAUGCACACUCUCACAUCAUACACACACACAACAAAGUCACAAUGUAUUAAGGUAGUAGUUCACAGCUCUAUUGAUGUCCAUAUCUGCCAUUAGCAAAAGGUCACUUAAAACGUCAUCAUCAAUAUCUGGCCCCAGCACUCCCCGAAGGUUAUCCAGAGCCUCGUCCCACUCUGGAGCUCCAGACUGUGGCUGCAGUUCCUCCUCAUCCUCACUACUGGCCUGACUGCUGCUACUGGACCCUGCAGCAGCUGGGCCAGGGUGGGAAUGCCUGAGAGCUAGU